AUGACUUUAGCAGACGGAGCUCAAACUAUGGCUGGUCCAGAAAAGGGUAAAGAAGCUGUAGAUAGUGGUUCUAUGUCUUCGACGGAUAUCGCCAAAUUUAUAUUGGAUGAUACAUUCUACAACAUUAUCCAUGAUAUUGUGGCAAAAGUCCACAAGGAAGAGAAAGUUGCUCGCCAGCAGUCGGCGGUCGUCACUGCAAGACAGCUGGCCGAAGAAUCGACCAAGCUCAAAGACUCAGGCGAAGAGCAGCAUGGAACAGCCGAUGCUGGCACGUCGGCCUCGCAUGAGCAUAUAUUAAAAACCCGAGCUGUUCGACUGGAAACUGAGAGUGCUAUAUUCGACAGUGGGAAAGUCUACCUAAAGGGUAACCCCUUGGAAAAGGUCAAGGAGAUAAUAUGCCCCAACUGUCGCCUACCCCGAUUGUUAUACCCAGCAUUCGGCGAAGGAUCACGCCCUGUGGAUCCUAACCGAGAAUACUGUCGCAAACAACCGCCCGUUAACAUUCACGGGCGGGACGUACACGGCCACCUCUUCGCCGUGGAGAAGAUCACCAAGAAAAAGAAAACCCAACCUGCAUCAGGUACACCAGGGUCGAGUCCACCGUCUAUUCCGGAGACUCCUGGUCCUAAUCCUCUCCUCCAACCUAAACAAGAUAAAAUCUAUGUCCCUACAACCAAAUGCCCCAACUGCCCACGCUACUUCCUUCUCACGAAAAGUGCUCAGCAUCUCGAUAGAUGCCUAGGCAUAUCGACUCGACAGAGCCGAAUACGCACUCCCAUAACCGGCAGCGACGCCGGCACACCCGGGCCAUCACAGCCAGCCAACGCACGAAAACGCGUGCGUGAAGGCGAGGAAGAAACCGCCGGCCCAGUGAAGAAGAAGAAGGAUUUCGGACACACAACAAAGUUAAAGGGCCAAAAGCCUGCCGCACCGAGUAAGUUGAAGAAUGGGACUACCGCAGAUAUGGUCUCGGUAGAAGUCACAAAACCUACAGCAAAUGGGAAAGCUGGGAAACAAAAAGCAUAA